CUUCCCUGCUCUUCCUGGAUACUGAGACGCAGCGAUGGCCGCGUAGGCAGGAGCGGGCAGCGAGGGUCCACGGCGCGAGAGCCGGGACCCAGGAUACGUGCGACGCCCAGAGCAGCCCUGGCGCAGGAGGACCCACCCCCAAGGGGUCCUUGUCCUUGCGCCGCAUGCUCGGGUGUUCCCGGGAUCACCGCCCGCCCUUCUGGGGCCUUCCACCUGUAGAACCCGCUCAGUUCCUGGUUCCUCGGCUACCGAGGCCGGACCUGGGCUCGUUGCGCCCCCCACGGAGCGGCCGGGCCGCCAGGCAAGCAGCCCCGGUCCCGCUGGCGCACUGUGCGGCCCGGCUGCAGGCGCGCAGAGGCAGCCCGGGGCCAUGGAGGACUUGCCGCGCUCCUACAGCCGGCUGUGCAGGGAGAGCGGCGCCGAGCCCCAGGAGGCUGUGCUGCAGCAGCUGCACGCGGCGCCGCGGGGCCGGCUGGACCUGGCCACGCAGAGCCUGACCCUGGACACCUGCAGGGCCCUGGGCGAGCUGCUGCAGAAAGAGGCACAGCUGACGGAGCUGGUUCUCAGCGACUGCAUGCUGAGCGAGGAAGGGGCCACACUGCUGCUCCAGGGGCUAUGUGCCAACCCUGUCCUGCGGUUUCUGGAUCUGAAGGGCAACAACCUGCGGGCUGCAGGGGCCGAGGCGCUGGGGAGACUCCUGCGACAGAGCACGUCCCUUCAGAGCCUCACCCUGGAGUGGAACAACCUGGGCACGUGGGAAGAUGCCUUCGCCGCCUUCUGCCGGGCCCUGGCGGGCAACGGUGUCCUGCGGCGGCUGGACCUCCGCAACAACCAGAUCAGCCACCAGGGGGCGGAGGAGCUGGCCCUGGCCCUGAAGAGCAACACCAGCCUCCAGCAGCUGGACCUGCGCUGGAACAACGUCGGCCUCCUGGGAGGCCGGGCCCUGGUGAGCUGUCUGCCCAGCAACAGAACCCUGUGGAAGCUGGAGCUAGCUGGGAACAACGUGCCCAGCGACGUCCUCAGAGCCGUGGAGCAAGCCAUGGACCACAACCAGGACCGGCAGGCCGCCUCCCGGGAGAGCCGGGCCCGCACCCAAGUGCUCAGCAAGGAGGUGCGGCACCUGCGGGAGGAGAAGUCCAAGCAGUUCCUGGACUUGAUGGAGACAAUCGACAAGCAGCGAGAGGAGAUGGCCAGGAGCAGCAGGACGUCGGCUGCACGCGUGGGGCAGCUCCAGGAAGCCCUGGACGAGAGGCACUCCAUCAUCAGUGCCCUCAAGGCCAAGCUGCAGAUGACCGAGGCGGCCCUGGCUCUGUCGGAGCAGAAGGCCCAGGACCUGGGGGAGCUCCUGGUCACCGCAGAGCAAGAGCAGCGGAACCAGGCGCAGAGGCAGGCCAAGGAGCACAGGCUGGCGCAGCAGGAAGCUGCGGAGCGGGAGUCUAAGCUGCUCCGGCACUUGUCUGCUGCCAACGAGAAGAGCCUGCUUCUGCGAAACCAGGUGGACGAGCUGGAGCGGAAGGUGAAGUCACAGCAGGACCAGCUGUUCCUGACCAGGCAGGAGCUGACCAACACGUCGGCCGAGCUGAAGAUGCGGGCCGUCCAGGCGGAGGAGCGCCUGGAGCUGGAGAAGCGGCGGUCCCGGCAGAGCCUGGAGGACGCGGAGCAGCUUCGAGCCAAGGAGGUGGAGCACAUGACGCACCACCUGGAGGAGAGCGAGAGAGCCAUGCAGGACAGAGUGCAGAGGCUGGAGGCUGCGCGGCUGUCCCUGGAGGAGGAGCUGAGCCGGGCGAAGGCGCUGGCGCUCAGUGAACGCAGCCAGGCCGAGGAGGAGCUCAUCAAGGCCAAGAACCAGGUCCGCCUGGAGGAGCAGCAGCACCUGGCUCACCUGGAGGAGAAGCUGCGUCUGCUGGCACAGGCGCGGGACGAGGCGCAGAGCACCUGCCUGCAGCAGAGACAGGUGGUUGCCGAGUCCCAGGCACGGGCCGGCCAGCUGGGCCUGCAGCUGGAGGGCCUGCGGCGGCGCCUGGAGGAGCUGCAGCAGGAGCUGAGUGGCAAGGACCAGGAGAAGGUGGCCGAGGUGACCAGGGUGCGCGUGGAGCUCCAGGAGCAGAUCGGCCGCCUGCAGGCCGAGCUGACCGCCCAGGAGGCGCUGAAAGAGAAGGUGGCGGCCCUGGAGCGCCAGCUGAAAGUGAUGGCGAGUGACCACCGGGAGGCGCUGCUGGACCGGGAGAGCGAGAACGCCUCGCUCCGGGAGAAGCUGCGGCUCAAGGAGGCGGAGAUCGCGCGGAUCCGAGACGAGGAGGCCCAGAGGGCCAGCUUCCUGCAAAAUGCGGUCCUGGCUUACGUGCAGGGGUCCCCCCUGAGGACCCUGAGCCCCCCAAAGUGAGGGAGGCAGACAGACGCCGGGAGUGGCAAGAGGGUGGCUCUCAAGGGACAGGCUGCCAGGGUUGGGGUGUGCUUGGGCGGGGGAGGGGGACACCGGUGUGGCCGCGACCGCCCGCCACCUGGGCGCCUGGCCGGCCGAGAGGGCCCCGCCCCUUCCCCACUCCCGCGUCUCCCAGCCGUGGUCGCGCCUGAGAAAACACUCCCUUGAUGGAAGGGGGUGCAGAGGCUGAGCCCUCCCAGCCCCCCUCCCCGCUCCACGGUCGCCUUUCACGGUACAGCUGCGAAUGCAGUGGCGCUGGCCGCUCGCCCAGGGGCGUUCUGAAAUAAAGAACUUUUGUACUUUGUGACA